AGUCCAGAUUGCUUGGCAGCAAGCGGCACGCGCGCAACCCGGGGAUGCUGAAGCGGGUGCGAUGGCUCCCGCCAUGCAGUCUUCCGAGUUCCAGUUCGCCCAGCGGCUGGCCUCCAGUGAGAAGGGCGUCCGCGACCGCGCCGUGAGAAAGCUGCGGCAGUAUCUCAGCGCAAGGACGCAGAGCGACACAGGAAGUUUCAGUCAGGAAGAACUCCUAAAAAUAUGGAAAGGACUCUUCUACUGCAUGUGGGUGCAGGACGAGCCCCUUCUGCAGGAGGAACUAGCGAACAUUAUUUCCCAACUCAUCCACGUUGUAAACAGCUCGGAGGCUCAGCACCUGUUCAUUCAGACCUUCUGGCAGACCAUGAAUCGAGAGUGGCAAGGGAUAGACAAGCUGCGGCUGGACAAGUACUACAUGCUGAUCCGCCUGGUCCUGAGGCAGUCCUUUGAAGUUCUCAAGCGGAAUGCCUGGGAAGAAAGCCAAAUCACACUUUUUUUGGACAUCCUGAUGAAGGAGAUCCUGAGUCCUGAGAGUCAGUCUCCCGAUGGAGUGAGAUCCCACUUGAUUGAUGUGUACUUGGAUGAGCUCUCCACGGUGGGCGGGGGAGAGCUCUUAGCGGAUCAGAACCUCAAGUUAAUUGAUCCAUUCUGCAGAAUUGCUGCCAAGACUAAGGACCACACGCUGGUACAGACUGUAGCAAGGGGUGUUUUUGAAGUCAUUGUACAUCAGUCUGCCUUUGUACCUGAAGAGUCUGUGGAAGAGCAGAAAACCAAAGAGGAUAGUGGUGGCCUCCCUGCAAACGAGCUGGCCUGUAGGAAGGUGGUCGGUGGGAAGAAGGCUGCACUGGACGAAUGCCUCAGAGAUGGGGUCGUUGGCAGCAGAGAAAGAGAUGUCUGUGCAGCCUUGAAAGAUUCAGGGUCACCACUCCAGUUUGACUAUAAGGCUGUUGCUGACCGACUCCUGGAAAUAGCCAACUCGGAGAGCACCCCGCCCUUCAACAGGAAGCGACUCUGCAGACUAGUCAGAAAGUUCCAGGACCUCUCUGAAGGCAAUGGUGCUCAACUCAGUUUUGCUGAGGAAAAUGGUCAAGCCCUCGGUCAGAGAAGGCACAAGAGGAAAAGAAAAAAGCUUUUAGAGAGAGCUGCCUUAGAAAGGGAGAAAGGAAGCACGGUCUCUCCUGCUGGUGAAGAGGACAGUGGAGGCCACAUUCACAAGAGGAAGAGGAAGAGGAAGAAGAGGAACCACCUCCAGCCUGACACUCAGGGCCUGGAUGCCGCUGCCACGCCCACAGUACCGAGUGCUGACAGGGAGCCUGACGCCGCCCAGAGGCAGGCCCCACAAGCAUGCGGGACUGAGCCCACAGCAGAGGCCGUGUCCAGCAUCGGGGAGAACAGCUCCGAACCUACUCCUGUCAUGCCCAUCCGCAAUAAAAGGAAGCGGCCGAAAAGGAAGAACCUGAGGGCCCACAGAGAGAUCUGGAAAUCUACCGCUUUACCUCAGGAGGAGAUGUCAAAGAAUGACACUGUCGGCAGCCAUCCUCAGAGUUCUGCUGCACACAUUUCUUCCCCAGAAGGUAUCCAAGCCCGGAAAAGGAAACGGAAACUGGGACCUCCCCCUGUGAGCAGUGGUGACCUCACUGUACAGAAGGCAGGUACCCCAACAAGCUCAGUGGAGGGGAAUGAUGGCCAGACUACCCAGCCCUGGUGCAAGAGGUUACAAAAGAAGAUAGCAUCCAGCACCCUUGAACCCUGUGAUCUGUCCAGUCAAAAAACAGCAGUCUCAAAAAAGAGGGAAAAAAUGAAGCAGACGUCGAACGGUGUGUUGGAAUCCAGCGCUGGGCAGAACCAAGCUCUGGGAAUCAACAGGACUCUGAAGAAGCCACUGAAAAUAGAGGACGACUUUGUGAAGUUUGACACUCAUUUUUUACCAAAGCCCCUGUUCUUCAGGAAAGCCAAGAACAGCUCUGCCUCCCGUCCCCAAGGUCCUGCUGUCCAGCUGAAUAAAACACCCUCCAGCUCCAAGAAAGUCACCUUUGGGCUGAACAGAAACAUGACUGCAGAAUUUAAGAAGACAGACAAGAGUAUCCUGGUCAGCCCCACGGGUCUUUCCAGAGUGGCCUUCAACCCGGAACAGAGGCCACUCCACGGAGUGCUGAAGACCCCCACGAGCUCCCCGGCCAGCACUCCUCUAUCGACCAUGAAGCUCCCAGCCACCAUCCCAAAGAGAAGGCCGAGGGCUGCGGACUUCUUCUGAGAGCCAGAAUCCCUUUUUGAAGACUGCUUUUAUACUGGAUGUUCUAUAAAUUAUAACUUUUGAAUGUGCUUUUUAAUUAUUUUACAAAUAUUCAUGAGUGGGACAAUGUUCUGAACUGGACUGCAGGCCUCUCUUGCUAGACUUGCUGCCCAUGGUUCGUGUCUGAGUCCUCGCACACCCUCACCAGAAGGACUAAGUGCUGUUGGUACAUGGAGUCCCCUCCUCGGUGCCCAUUGCUGCACCUGCAACAGUAGAUUGCCUUUCUGGGUAUCUGCAGUGUCAGUCUGUCUUGUGCACGCAUGUCAGCUUCAGGCCCAACUGCAGGCGUGUGGCUGUCUCUCCUGGCCAUGGCUCUUGAAAUCCAAUGGGCAGUAAUGUAGCUUUUCUACGGGUGACCAGCAAGAGGGUGGACAGGUGUGAGGUGGGGGAAAGCCACUUCUCUGUGUGGCUCUCCCUCUGCCUGGCCUGUUCCUGUCUCUGUCUUCCUACCUCUAUAGCAAGCCCAAAGUGUCUUUUCAGGAGGGCCAGUGGCCCCCAGGCUGCUCACGUUAGCACAUUGUUUUCCCAGGACUCCCCUGACUGCACCAGUGGGGUCUGGACCCCAGGCUCUUGCCUGACAGGGAAGUUGGCUGCCCAGGAGUGCGUGCACUCAUAGCUGCCUGUUACCUGCCUCCACGGGUUUUAUAAGUUCUAGCUUAGUGCUAGAAGCCAGGGAAGCCGCCCAGACUUCCAUCAAAACAAAUUGGGCUCCUUUUUUAGGGCAAAGCCUGUUUGGCGAUUGUUCUUGUUUAAGGAAACUACCUUGGGUCUGAGGGCUGGAGAGGCCUCGGGGUUACCUGAUGGUUUACCAUCAGGAGCUGCAGGCUUGACAUGGCAGAACCAAGGCCCUGGAUCUCAAGCACUCAAAGCCCUAUGGGUUUGCCUGCUGUGCUCCCCGGGUAUGUCCUACUCUGUGCGCCCUGUGCAGGAGCCCUACUUUUCACUGCUGCUCCUCAGUGGAGGACGGCAGUUCACUACCACUGGGAUCGCAGAGAUCGUGCACCUGCCUCUGGCUUCACUCCACACAGUCAAGGGGUCAAGUCUUGAACCAGCUGACUCCUGAAUGCCAUUCCCAAUAGGAAUGAAGUGGUGACUUUAUCCUCUGCCUGCUCAGUCAUAAAGUAUAUCUCUAGGCCGUAGAAAUGGAGGUGGUGAUAUGCUAAUGUCACAGUAGGUCAUGUGCAGUGUAACUUGGGGUUGCAUGGUUGCAGCGUGCUCAGUUCGACAGUUAAACAUUCAAAACUAAAACCUGUGUAGAACGGUUAGGGUCAAGGCAGCAAACACCUAGCUGCUUCUUUAAAAAAUUCAACGUACCCAGCCAUUUCCUGUUUUAAAGAUAAGUUAAUAUAGCCAAGUAGGUCAUACAGCCCACUGGUGUGGAGCAAGACACUAGGCAGCAGUCGUAGAAUCAACCUCACACCAUUUUCACCACAGUGACACGAGUAUCCUCAGAGCACACCUCCUACCAAACUUGCUCCCGAGAUGGAGGAUGAGACCUCAGUGCUGGGGUCACAGGUGGGCACCGCCAUGCCUGGCAGAAAAGAUUCUAUUUCUCAUGAAACAAAGCACAUGAAGGAUUGCAUUAUGCCAUCUUGGUCCUUGAUGCAGAUUCUCAAGGGAAAUUGCUGGUAAAUUUCUUCGAGUCCAGAGACGCAAAUCUUAGUGCCGGCGACCCAGCUAGAGUUUGGUAAAAGACUAUCUCCAUCCUUAAUAUGGAUGUGGUCAGUUCUGCACAAUUUAGUUUCAAAGUUACUUUUUCUCCUUUAAAAAAAAAAGAGUCUCAUUAUGUAUCCUAUCCCGUAUGGGCCCCCACUGGUGGUCCUCCUGCCUCAGCCUGUCUAGUGCUGGGACACAGUAUCUUUCUGAACUGAAGCACAAGGAGCAUGAGGGGGCGGGGGGAUUGGGAAGCAGUUGACUGCCUGGGAAGUGGGUCUAUGUUUUCUCUAACUGCCGCAGUACUGUUUGUUAAUGAUCAAAUUGUAUUGGUGUCUCCAGGGCUUGUUGGUACAAAUCAAAGCCAAGAUCAAUAAAAAGAAAUGUUUUUUUUUUUUUUAACUUCA